CGCCUGCAAUCACCAUCCCAGAGCCCCCGUCACCAGCUUUACUUUCUCAAAAGCAGCCAAUAUGGAAGCAACACUUAUUGCCGCUGUAAAGGACCACCCAUGUCUGUACGACAGAAGUGUCCACGUGCGCCAGCACAAGGACCGGCGGCAACAGGCAUGGGUGGAAGUUGGGACGGCGUGCCAAACCUCGCCCAGAAAGUGCAAGAAAAGGUGGUCGCAGCUGCGCCACCAAUUUAACAAGGAGGUGGACAGGGUGGACUCGACGUGGCCGUGGAGGGAGAGUCUGCGGUUUUUGGAGGGGUUAGUGCACCGCAGGCAACGCGCGAGCACACCCGUGGAGGACGAUGAGGAGGAGCUGUCUGCAGCAUUUGCGGGGGUAACCGUGGUGCCCCCCAGGCAACGCGCGAGCACACCGGUGGAGGACGGCCACGAGGAGCUGACAGCAGCAUUUGCGGGGGUAAGCGUGGCGUCCCCCAGCAGCAGCCCAGAGCCCACGGACGAGAUCCCCACGGCGGCGUUUUUGGACGCGCAGAAGGCGCUCUUUCUCCGGCUGCCGACCAGGGAGAAGAGGGAGGAAAUGGAGGCGGCCUUUUUAAGGUUCGGCCUUAACUUUGUUAACAGUCCUGAAAAUAAAUGA